ACUUUCAACAAGCUUUUUCUGUUGCGGCUCUAGCUCCCUCUCUGUUUCACCAAUGAACAGCCUUUUUCGUUGAACUCAACAGACAGCAAGAUGCCAGGCGGAGGUACCACCGUAAAGGACGUUGACCAGCAGGAGUUUGUGGUGGCGCUUGGCGCCUUCUUCAAGAAGUCUGGCAAGAUGAAGGUUCCUGAUUGGGUCGACAUCGUCAAGACUGGAACACACAAGGAACUGGGACCUGUUGAUCCCGACUGGUUCUACACAAGGGCUGCUUCUACCGCCCGUCACCUGUACUACCGUGGUGGUGUAGGAGUUAACGCUAUCGCCAGGAUCUACGGAGGACGUAUGCGCCGUGGAACGCGCCCCAGCCAUUUCCACAGUGGCUCCACCUCCGUAGCCCGUAAGGUUCUGCAGGCUCUGGAAGGCGUCCAGAUCAUCGAGAAGGAAGGCAACUGCGGACGUCGCAUCACCAGCCAGGGACAGAGGGAUCUGGACAGGAUAGCAGCACAGGUCAAAGCCAAGCAGGGAAAGAAGUAGAGAGACACAUGACCAACAUCAUGGUCACCUGACCAACUUUGUGUCAUGUGAUCAACAAUAUCAGAUCACAUGAACUCUUCAUACCACAACCCACCCUUCCCUUGAGUCUCCAAUGAUGGUGCUUCAACUGUCAACGCAGUUGCCAAACGUCAUCAUGGAAAUACUCAUGACCAAUAAACCAGAUGUUCCUUUCGGUUUGGAAUGAAUGGAUAACAGGAUUCCGUCAUCUGCCCAUUAACGCUGCCCACAAAUGCCGCUUACAGUCUGUUGGAGAAUAUAUGAACAGAGAGAUUUGUUGAGAAUCGUCAAUAAAUGCAGCCAUUCAGCUUCUGUAA